AUGCGAGAGCUGCUCUACUUCACCCUAUUAUUCCUUCUUAUUUCUACUGCCUGCUCUUCAGUCGACCUACCGAUUUCCUUAAUUCAAGAUUACUUCGAUGUAUUGUACAUCAAGAGCUUAACGCUGUUAUUAUGUUCACCAUCAGUCAAGAAGACGGCAAUUUUAAGUAAACUUUCUGCUGAUGGUUUUCUUGUGUCAUUUUCUCCGGAUACUGUUGAUGACUUGCCAAUUAGGAGAUCAGGAGGUGUCCUCGAUUUGACUUGCAACUUUAGUCUCGGCAUAAUUCAUCAAGUAGAAUGGCUGCUAUUGGAUGACGGGAGCAGCUUGGAUGUGAUUGAAGACGCUUACAUCCUUCCUGGCAGCUGUGUCACCGUUGCUCAGGUACUGGGCACAGAAGUGGUCUACUGGGAUGUAUACCGGACAAGUCCCUACAGGCCUCUCAAAUACACCCUGCUGGCCAACCAGACACUGGAACAGUUCAUCCAGUUGCCGGACAGGCCAAAUAGGAAGGAUUUCGAGGGUAUAUCGCUCUUAGGAGCAGCAGUGUUGUACUUCCCACAUAUGUUCUGCGGAUUUGAUUGUCGUGAUCAUCCAGAAGUAGAUACCAUUGCGAAAACUGGUUUUCCCAUAUCACAGCAUUUACAGGAACAACUUAAUUUUACACUAACUUUCCUAAUUCUCAACGAUUAUGGUUGGAAGACCAACAAUACCUUCAGUGGACUCAUGGGUCUCUUGCAGAGAGAAGAGAUUGACAUGGGAGUGAUUGGGAUCUUUAUGAGACCAGACAGGAUAGAGACGGUCGACUUCACAGGAGACACUUUUGAAAUCAAGAGCCUCUUAAUUUACAAGCAGCCAGCACUUUCGGCUGUCUCCAACAUCUUUGUCCUUCCGUUCACCCGAAUGGUAUGGCUCUGCUGCGCUGCCCUGGCUGUUCUUACUGGCCUCUUCUUGAUGGCCGAUGUUGCGACUUCUUUCGGCAAUCGGCAGACCUUUGAAGAGCUGGUUACUACGGCCGAUGUUGAAGCCACUGAUCAGGAUGUCAGAGAGCUUUAUAGUAAGAAGAUUGCGUCAAUAGGACCAAAGGCCUACCUUAGCCCAGUUGAAGGAAUAAAAAAACUGAGAUCUGGAAUGUUUGCUUUUGAUGUUGAAACUCAUUGGGGCUAUAAAAUAAUUUCUGACACAUUUCAUGAAAACGAGAAGUGUGAUUUGGAUGAAAUGAGAAUAUUUCUUCUACCUAAAUUGUCUAUACCAGUUGUCAAGAAGUCCGGAUAUCGCGAGCAUUUCACUAGAAUGAAUACGUGGCAAAGGGAUGUUGGCCUUCAUUCAAGAAUUAGACAAAGAUGGUUGCCCAAGAAGCCUGUCUGUGACAACAGUGGAAGAGGAUAUGUAAGCGUAGGGUUGACAGAUUUCAGACCAGCUCUGUUAGUUAUGGUUUAUGGCAUCACAUUUUCCAUCCUGGCUUUCUUAUUAGAAAUCAUUACUCGCUACAGAUGCGGAUUUUUGAAAAAAUCCAAAAGGAAACCUAGGAAAGUCAAGCAUUGGAACAGAGUGCUGUAAUUAUCAGUACAAGACAGUAAAACAAAUCUUUAAAAUUUAUAUAUCUUAGAUUUACAAUAUACAUGUUCUGUCUGCUCUUUUACCUCAAUUUAUUGGAACAUUUCCCACUCUCCUCCCUUCAAUAAACAUAGUAAAUAAAUCAACUUCAGAAUUAUGAAACGAAAACUAACAAAGCUCAUGAACUAUGUAGUGCGCCUUUGUCUACAUAGUU